UCACGUCAGAGUGACAGCAGAGAAACGUUAGCACACAUGCUAGCCCGGUAUCCAGGCUGACAAAUAGUCUCCCGCGGCGAACUUUAAAGGAGCAACUUUGGUACCGUCUUGUAAGGACAUGUUUGAAAUGGUCUGAUGAGGAUGUCUUUGAAUGACGAGGGUUAUGUGGUCCGGAUCAGAGGGCUUCCCUGGUCCUGUACGCAGGAGGAGGUGGCCAGUUUCUUUUCUGACUGUGACAUCGUGGGAAAAGUAAACGGAGUGUGUUUCACCUACUCUAAAGAAGGCCGUCCCAGCGGAGAGGCAUUUAUUGAGCUGAAAACAGCCGAGGAUUUUAAGAAUGCCCUGUCCAAGGACCGUAAAUACAUGGGACACCGAUACAUAGAAGUGUUCAAGUCAAACCGUAGUGAGAUGGAUUGGGUGCUGAAGCGUAGUGGUCCUGCUGACUAUGACAGCUGCAGUGGCUGCAUGCUGAGACUUAGAGGCCUGCCCUUUGGCUGCAGCAAGGAGGAGAUUGUUCAGUUCUUCUCAGGGUUGAGAAUCGUGCCAAAUGGGAUUACUCUGCCAGUGGACUACCAGGGGAGGAGCACAGGGGAAGCCUUCGUGCAGUUUGCCUCAAAGGAGAUAGCAGAAAAGGCUCUGGGGAAACACAAGGAAAGAAUAGGGCACAGGUACAUAGAGAUUUUUAAGAGCAGUCGUAAUGAGAUCAGAGCCUACUAUGAGCUGCCCCGGCGGGGAAUGGGAGGCCAGAGACCAGGGCCCUAUGAUAGACCCAUGAUGGGGGGCCCCAGGGGAGGGUUUUUUGGGCCUGGGCCUGGUCGCGGCGGCGCUCUGAUGGACACCAUGAGGAGCGGAGGAGGUUAUGGAGGAGGUUACGGUGGCUUUGACAACUACAAUGGCUUUAACAACUACUGUUUUGGCAACGGCAUGUUUGAUGAGCGAGUGAGAGGAGAGAGGGGAGGAAGAGGGAUGGGAGGUUACGGCGGUCAGGGCGACGGUGGCUCAGGCUUUCACAGCGGCCAUUUUGUCCAUAUGAGGGGUUUACCUUUCCGUGCCACAGAAGGAGACAUCGCUAAAUUCUUCUCUCCUUUGAAUCCGAUGAGGGUCCACAUUGAUAUGGCUCCUAACGGCAAGUCGACUGGAGAGGCAGAUGUAGAGUUUCGAUCCCAUGAAGAUGCUGUGGCAGCCAUGUCCAAAGACAAAAACCACAUGCAGCAUCGUUAUAUCGAGCUGUUCCUUAACUCAACAGCCAGCGGAGCAGCUGAAAUGAGCCGUGGCGGUUACUAUGGUAACUCAGGAGGAGGCGGAGGCUCACGGAGCAGUGGGCUGCGAGGUGCAUACUGAUGAUGUCAUCCAACUCUUCCAAUCCAUCCUGGCGUUUGUCUCGCGUCUCUUCAGGCCACGUUUAAUCAGUUGGCGGUUCUAAGCAGGAAAGCUGAUGUGAAGUUGCUCGUUUGUUACGAGAGAGGUGCUUGUUUGGUUGCUCUUGUGUGGUAUGGCUUCACCUGGUGUACAACAUCAUACCAAAUAUGACCUGAAUAAGCACUAUUUUCACACCAUUCCUAAAAGCAUAUGAAGAACAAACUACACAACAGCUCGCCAAUGUUAAAACGUUGGAGCUGUGACAGGUGCUGAACACGCUUUGGGGGUCAUGUUCACAUUUACCUUUUCAUUCAACAACUGAGCACCAUAGUUUAGAGUAUCUAACGUGAAAUAUUGAAAAAUAUAGUUGCUGCAGAAAGAUAAAUUUUCUUUUGCAAGCUGGUUUCGCAACACUAUUUUUUCCAUUGUUAUAAAUUGAAAAGGUUAAAUCUGUUGGGGUUUUUUGUUCUUACUUUAAUUGGAUGCACUUUAAUUCAUUUUAUUUUGGUGCCUUUGCAGCAGGGAGACACAGCUUUAUCCCUCUAAUUAACAGCUGUGGUAUUUGUUUAAAGCACAUGGGGAAAAAAAAGAAAUUAAAGAAAUGUGGAGGCAUUGCACUGUCAGGACAGAACAUUAUCACCUGAACUAUAAUCAUUUGAAAACACUGCUUCGACUUAGGUGACACGUGGAGGCGAAUGAUUACCAGCCUUUCUCUUAGUAAGAAGUUCAUAUGUUUAAAAAUAAUAAUAGUAAUCAUUGUUGAUUGUAGUUCAACACACGUUCUUCAGAAUACCAUCCUGAUGCACUGAUUCAAAUGGGACUUCAGCUCAGCUUUCCUGGUUUGAAAUGUUUCUAAAUGUGUGCCAGUGUGUUUUUUUAUGAAUGUUUUCACAGUUCAUUACAGAAUUUAAAACUAAGUUGAAUAUUAUAUUCCCCUCUCAAAGAGUGGAAGUAAAACAAAGUCUAUAUUUGAGCUGUAAGAUAGCUUACGCAGCUGUUGUACAUUUUGCCUAAUAAAUUUUAUAUUUAAUUGUCCUUCA